CAUUUUCUCUUCUCACUUCUGUUUUCUUAACUUUGGCAAAACCCUAGGCCACCAUCACCGGCAUGGCAGCUGCACCACCAGCCUCUAAAAAACCCUAGAAGGAGAAGGAGAAGGAGGUCCUCCUGAGGGGGUGACAAACCAAAUCAAGCGAAGAUGAGGAUCAUGAUAAAGGGUGGGGUGUGGAAAAACACUGAAGAUGAGAUCCUGAAAGCGGCGGUGAUGAAGUAUGGAAAGAACCAGUGGGCUCGCAUCUCUUCCCUCCUCGUUCGCAAGUCCGCCAAGCAGUGCAAAGCUCGCUGGUACGAGUGGCUCGAUCCUUCCAUCAAAAAGACUGAGUGGACCAGAGAGGAAGAUGAGAAACUGCUUCACCUUGCUAAGCUCAUGCCCACACAAUGGAGAACAAUUGCCCCAAUUGUGGGUCGUACUCCAUCUCAAUGCCUUGAACGCUAUGAGAAGCUCCUUGAUGCAGCCUGUGCAAAGGAUGAGAACUAUGAAGCAGGUGAUGAUCCACGGAAAUUGCGCCCUGGAGAGAUUGAUCCAAACCCAGAGUCGAAGCCUGCGCGUCCAGACCCUGUUGAUAUGGAUGAGGAUGAGAAGGAAAUGCUUUCAGAAGCACGAGCUCGGUUAGCCAACACUAGGGGCAAGAAGGCAAAAAGGAAAGCCCGGGAAAAGCAGCUUGAAGAGGCCAGGAGGCUAGCUUCUUUGCAGAAAAGGAGAGAACUAAAGGCAGCUGGAAUUCAAACUAGGCAAAGGAAGAGGAAAAGGAAGGGUAUUGACUAUAAUGCUGAAAUUCCCUUUGAGAAGAAGCCUCCUCCAGGCUUUUUUGAUGUCGCUGAUGAAGAUCAACCAGUGGAACAGCUCAAGUUCCCUACCACCAUUGAAGAACUUGAGGGUGAAAAAAGAACUGAUAGGGAAGCAAGAUUAAGGAAGCAGGAUAUUGCAAGGAAUAAAAUUGCGCAGAGGCAGGAUGCCCCAUCUGCAAUACUGCAAGCAAACAAACUAAAUGAUCCAGAAGCAGUCCGGAAGAGGUCAAAACUGAUGCUUCCUGCACCGCAGAUUUCAGAUAAUGAAUUGGAGGAGAUUGCGAAGAUGGGUUAUGCUAGUGAUCUCCUUGCAGGGAGUGAGGAACUCAUUGAAGGGAAUGGUGCAACUCGUGCUCUACUUGCAAAUUAUGCUCAGACACCACGACAAGGAAUGACCCCACUACGGGCCCCUCAGCGAACACCUGCAGGUAAGGGUGAUGCUAUUAUGAUGGAAGCUGAAAAUCUGGCCAGGUUGAGAGAGUCUCAGACACCGUUACUUGGAGGAGAAAAUCCAGAACUGCAUCCUUCAGAUUUUUCUGGGGUCACUCCUAAGAAAAGGGAGAUCCAAACGCCAAACCCAAUGUUAACUCCUUCAGCGACUCCCGGAGGUGGUGGUAUGACACCAAGACUUGGCAUGACUCCGUCAAGGGAUUCAUUUGGUCUUACUCCAAAAGGAACUCCAAUUAGGGAUGAGCUUCAUAUUAAUGAGGACGUGGAUAUGCAUGAAAGUGCAAAACUUGAGCUCCGUAGACAAGCUGAUUUGAGAAGGAACUUGCGUUCUGGUUUGAGCAACCUUCCACAGCCCAAGAAUGAGUACCAGAUAGUUAUCCAACCAGUCCCUGAAGAUAAUGAAGAACCAGAGGAGCAUAUUGAAGAAGAUAUGUCUGACAGGAUGGCUAGAGAGAAGGCUGAGAAAGAAGCGAGGCAACAAUUGUUACUUAAGAAGAGAUCGAAAGUGCUGCAGAGGGAGCUCCCUAGACCUCCUGCUGCUUCAUUGGAACUAAUUAAAAAUUCAUUGACAAGAGCUGAUGAAGACAAGAGCUCCUUUGUUCCCCCAACUUUGAUUGAGCAGGCUGAUGAAAUGAUAAGAAAAGAACUUCUAUCCUUAUUAGAUCAUGAUAAUGCAAAGUAUCCACUUGACGAAAAAGCGGACAAGGAUAACAAGAAAGGAGCCAAGCGGGCUGCAAACAGAAAAUCUGUUUCUGUCCCCGUGAUUGAAGACUUUGAAGAAAAUGAACUGAAGGAGGCUGGUUAUUUCAUUAAGGAAGAGGUUCAGUUUCUUCGCUUGGCAAUGGGGCAUGAGAAUGAGUCAGUUGAUGCGUUUGUUGAAGCACAUAAAACAUGUUUAAACGAUAUCGUGUAUUUUCCUACUCGUAAUGGUUAUGGUCUAUCCAGUGUUGCCGGAAACAUGGAGAAACUUGCUGCCUUGCAGAAUGAAUUUGAGAUUGUAAAGAAAAGGAUGGAUGAUGAUACUAAGAAGGCACAACGCCUUGAGCAGAAGAUAAAACUUCUUACUAAUGGUUAUCAGAUGCGAGCUGGGAAACUUUGGUCACAAAUUGAAGCAACUUUUAAGCAGAUGGACACUGCAGGAACAGAACUCGAGUGCUUUCAAGCUUUACAAAAGCAAGAGCAGCUGGCAGCAUCACAUAGGAUCAAUGUCCUCUGGGAAGAAGUUCAGAAGCAGAAGGAGCUUGAGCGAACUUUGCAGAAACGCUAUGGGGAUCUUGUAGCAGAGAAAGAAAGGAUCCAAAGCCUCAUGGAUGCUUUUAGAGUACAAGAAGAAAUUGCAGCAAAAAAUCGUGCUCUUGAGUUGGCCAAUGCUGCAGCAAAUGAAACUGCUGAGCCUCCAGCUGAUGAAAUUCCAAGCCAAGAGAUUGAUGCUGCUCCAGUACAAGCUAAUGCAAGUCCAAAACAGGACAUGGAUGCUGAUGGAGUGGUCGAGAAUGCAACUCCAGUCGUGGAUGUGAGCUCAUCUGACAUCAUGCCCUCUGUUUCUGCUGAUGAUGCUACUCAGCUCAAGAGUGUGGAUGAAAAUCACUCUAGUGACAUUCCAGAUCAAAAUUCUGCUGUCAAAUUGAAUAUUAACUCUGACCUUACUGAUGGAGACAAGAUUAGUAUGUGUGGUGACACUGUCAAUGGUACUAUUGGUGAGAAUUUAACGAGCCCAGAAGUUGCUGGGGGGGAUUUAUCAGCUAAGGAUCAGCAGAAUACUGGGGAAGAUGGAAUCGAGGAUAGUAUCCUGACCAGGCCAGAAGACAUUGUCCCAGAAACAGCUGAAGAUGGUAAUGCUGAUGAGAACAGACAAGUUUCUAUGGAGGUGGACGGUGUAAAUAUGCAAGAUGCAUAAAAAACUUUCUGUCAAAAAAGUUCGAAUAAACUUUGGAUGCUGAUGAAAGACCCUCCUAGUGCCCUUGCUUGUUCUUGAUUGUGCUGCUUGGGGCUGCUCUCUGAUGCUGUUGGAAUUACUGUUUGCAUUCUGUUGUCUCCUUUUAUUGCUGAUUAUUUAAUGCGAGAACAAGGAGAUGUAUUCAUCCGGUUUGUGGAAUCUCUGGAAAAAGAGACAAAUCUUGAUAGGAAAAUGGCUUGCACGCCUGAGAUUUUAUCCCAAUGCCAACCACAUUAUUGGUUAUUAUUGGCCUUAGGUUUGCGGGGUCCUAACAGAGGAUCAAUGAUAACCGAGACAAGAUGAGUCCGGUCUUGUUCUGCGAUUUGGUCUAACAAAGCAUUAUUCAUCUUGAUAUGUGUUUGGUAUAAAUGUCAUCACAUUCAGGAACUGUAAUAUAUAUGCUUUUAUGGUGGUAUUAUUGACUUUAUAUGGUUGUACAUAAUGGCAGCUAUACUGGGGGCGUAGAACCUCUAUAUUAGCCCACCGAGGGUAAGUCAAAGGUUUUCUUACUGAAUUGGAUUAUUUUUUGUGA